CAAUGUAACCGUGUAAAAGGACAAAACUUAUUUCCGAUAACAAUCGAUAAUAAUCGAUACCAAUCGAUGAAUCAAUCGUGAAUUGUCGAUUACUACUAUCGGCAAUGGAUCCGGAUAACACAACUUUUCUUCUUCAUCAAUUUCUAUCGCGACUGCUAUCGGCAAUUGGUGUUAAUCGAGAUUGAUAUCGAUUAAUACCGUUAGUCGAUUAAUAUCGAAUAUCGAUUUAUCGAUUUACUUCGUCUGGGAUUAAUUAAUUCUAUUUAUUUUGGGGGGUGACGCAUGAGAGGUAAAUAUCAAUCAAAAAGCAGUGAACUCGAACCAAGUGUGACGUAUACACUGUUUGACUGCCGUGAUGAAAACAAAUUCAACCAUCAUUAAUAUCCCGGCAUUGUAAGUUUUAUGAAUAUUAAAUUAAUCAAGCAACACUUUCAAUUUUGUUUCUCAAUUAUCCUGAGCUGAGGAGGACAUAUAUGGUUAGAAGACCAGUUGCAGUUUUAUACGGUUGCAGCCCGUCAUACAUUGUUGCAUUGAUAGCUUUCCAUCACAAUGCUGCCACUUGGUUUAGUUUUUACAAUUUUUCCCGGUCUUUUCUACUGCCAGGAAUGCGUACCUUCGGAUCAAGUUAUUUACGAUCCUUUGGCACCUUCCCUAGGGAUACGGGUGUUUUCCGAUUACAGCAAACUGAUACUGGCCGGUCACAAUUUCAGUGUAGCUUGCACCAGUAACAAGUCUAAAGAAUACCAAAAUUAUAGAGAGGACGCCCAGCCCCAAGAAAUUAGCAUGUUUUUUGGAAAUAGUACGCCGAGAAAAGUGUGCGGUUCAGCAGGCGAGCCAAAAAAAGACACGAAAACGUGCACUUUGGUCAUCUCUAAUGCUACACUAGGGAGUUCUGGCUACUAUAGUUGUAUGGCAACGAACUCGUGGAGGUGCACCACAGCCACGAUCUUUGUAAAGGUUGAAGAACCGUCCCCACCAAAGGUUACAAUUUAUCCAAUGGGAAAACAACUGAAGAUUGCAUCCGGACGCCAUUUUAACUUAAGCUGCGAAGCAGAGGGGGCUCCCCCACCAAGCAUAACUUGGUUUAAGGAUGGAAGUCGCCUUACGAAUACCUCAAUUAAAAAUGUCAGAGAGACCUCAGUUAUGGCUUUCACGCCAGUCCGACCAGAAAACCGAGGACAUUACUGGUGUGAAGCAAACAGCACGGAAGGACGGACGCAAUCGUCUGCGGUAUUUUUGAGAGUUAUGAGGAGGCCAUAUUUUGUCAUACAUCCUGAAGAUGUUUCAGUUUACGAGGGACAGAACGUCACUUUGUUCUGUGGCGCGGCCGGUUUCCCGGAACCAGUGAUUGGUUGGUUGAAAGACAAUUUGUUAAUCGACAACUUCUCUUCGGUUGGCGGAAACUCGUCCCUGGCUUUACGUUUCGUAGAAAGGCAAGCCACUAAUGCCAAGUACAGAUGCGUCGCCAGGAACUCUUUGGGCAAAACGUUCUCUUCAGAAGCGACAUUGACGGUAUUAACUCGACAAACAAUAAGGAACAACGCCAAUGAAAAACCUUCGUCGACAGUCUUCAAUCCUACAUGGGCAUGGCUUGGUGCUGUAGUAGCAAUACUGCUUCUGUCGACGGCAGUGGUGGUUAUAAGGAAAUUCAAGCACGACAGACCUAACACGACAAAUGAAGAUGACCAUGCGACACAGAGUGAGGUUAUCACUGGUUAUGCACGGUUUUGAAAUCGCCAUUUCAGUCAUAAAACAAUCAGCUCCAAAAUCUGGACGGCUAGCGUCAUAUACCACAUGGAAGCUGUUACUUACAAAACUUAGUUGAAAAACAACAACAACAAAAAAGUAUAUAAUUAUAGCGUCAACACCGAACACAUUUUAACAGUGACUCAAUUUUAACUGACUUGAAUUUGCUUUCGUGUUGACGGUGUAUGUAUUUAUUAUUAUUAUUAUUAUUAUUAUUAUUAUUAUUAUUGAGGUCUUCCAUUUGUGGUGCUUUUGUUUUUGUAUAAAUACCGAUAUGAUAUUAUACUAUAAGAAGAAAAAAAAAAUAGCUUUACAAUUUCUCACGCUCCUCCAUGCUUACAUUGUACUUUUGAAAAGUUUCACUGACAAGGAAUUACGACGUUGUCCGUGGUAUUGAGUUUUGAAGAGUCAGCGCUACGUAAAUUUGCUACUUUUAAUCGUCUCUAACGGAUAUCCUGGCUCAAAGUGUAUUCAUACAUUGUUAGUUUAUCAGUCUCAGACAACGUAGUGACGUCACAAUUGAUGACUAAGUGAACUUGGCGCCGAACACGUUACAGUAAUCUAGAAUCAAAGGAGGCCUAUGGCCAAACUUGUGGAUUAAGUAAUCUAGAGAUUAAACAUGUUGGUGAACUUGCAA